GCGGCGUCCUUUGAAGUCAACCUUUGAUGUAACCGCCGCAUCUACUUUGCUCCUACACACACACAUCGAACACUGAAGAGAGAAGUGGACACGGAGAGAAACUAGACUUAACCACAGGCUGUUGCCUUAGAGUUUUACUCACAUGAGACGGUAGUAUGCCUCAGCUUCCUAGGAAUUCCACUGACGAUUUCGGCGCAGAUGACGAAGUUAAAGAAUACAAACACGAGGAUGGUGAAGGCGAAGAGAACGGGGCCACUCUCGACUUGGUCAAUGACAUUAAGACCGAUCUUAUAAAAAAAGAGGCCGAGCACCAAAGUGGGCAAGAAACCAAGACACCAUCGGCUGAUUCCAGCAAUGCACCUAUCGCCCAGUUACUAACCUUCCAGGAUCGCUAUAAUGAUCACCUAAUGCCUGGACCUGGUUACCAUAGAAACCAGCAUGGUAGUGACAGUAAACACAUGCGCAGCUCUCAGGCAUCGAGCGGUAUAUUUCAUCCUGGUCACCCUGGUUACACAACUGCUGUGGCAGGACAAUAUCCUUACGUUUACCCGCCUGGAAUUAAACCUGAGGGGAGAUAUUACCACGACCCUGCACUGUGGCCACACCAUGGUAUACCUCAGGGGUCCCCUCAGUACCACCCGGCAUACCCUCCCCCAGUGUCUGCUACCACAGCGGGCAUACAGAGACUAUCGCACCAGGCCAUGACAGGCGACCCCCGUGCCGGAGUACAUUGCGGCCCAGCUCCUCCUCCUAAUCAUUCAGUCAUUACAAGAGCACCAUCUUCGUGUGUCGCUGGAAGCACCUACACCUCAGCAGAAAUCGAAAUGAUGGAGCGAGACAGCAAAUUACAGCUGCAACAUAUCAAAAAACCUCUCAAUGCAUUCAUGCUCUAUAUGAAAGACAUGAGACCUAAAGUUGUCGCAGAGUGCACUCUAAAAGAAAGUGCUGCCAUUAACCAGAUACUUGGCAAGAAAUCAGUGCCUCAAGAGGAACACCCAUACUCGCAGUGGCACGCCCUGGACAGAUCAGAACAAGCAAAGUACUAUGAGAUGGCAAGAAAAGAACGGGCGCUGCACCUACAGUUAUACCCAGGAUGGAGCGCAAGGGAUAAUUACGCACAACAAGGGAAGAAGAAGAAGAGAAAAAGAGAUAAGUCUCAAGAAAUCACCAACCCCAAAAAAUGUCGUGCAAGAUAUGGUCUGGAUCGACAACACGAAUGGUGCAAACCCUGCAGACGGAAAAAGAAGUGUGUACGCUUCCUUGCCGGUAACAAUGAUGGUGCGGUCGGGGGUCUUGGUGAAAUGGACUCAGAAAACCUUGAUAUAAGCGGUGGCUCUAACUCCCCUCCCCCUCCCUCCACAACAACAGCCACAAGUAAUCCAGUAACAUCAGACACUUAGUCCAUACCUUCAGAGAAUUAAUAAUAAAUUUUAGCAGAAACCUGUACAGAAUGUAGAAUAUAGAGUAUCAUGUACAUUAUUCCCGUAAAACGUUAUCUGUUUUAAAUACUCCCAUAAGCGUAUGCUUGUUGCUGUAUACAUAACAAGGGGUGUUUGGUUAAUGGUUUCAGUUUUUUUUUUAACAGAGCUUAUAUUAUGAGAAAUGUUAGUUCUGGAUAUGAUAACUGCAAUUCCCAUGCAAAGUCAAUUGCUUUAUCAUUAACGAAAAGUCAAGUUAUUAUUUUUUUUGUACUGGUUUGCCUAUAAUUUCUUGAAAUACUUUUCAAGAAAUAAAACGUUGUGAGUUAUGUAGGUUUAAGACACCUGAAUUCUUUAGCCAAAGAUCCCCUUGUUUAUGAAUGCCAGGGCUAUGUUGUUGUUUGAAUUUUGCAAAAAUGCUUUUUCAUUCAUACGUAGUUGUAUUGUAUUGUACGUAGUUCUCAGAUUAAGCAAUAUGGAACAUGUGACAGCCUUCUUAUUUUUAUUUUUAGAAACAGUUCAAACAAUUUCCUAGCCCUGAAGAAUCCUGGAAACUAAAUUCCAGUAAUAUCUAAAAAAAUAAGUUUUAACUUAUAUAUACUAUACUAGUUGAAAAGAUUAUAUUUUAGAAAGAGAAAGAUUACAUUGAACACAGUUUUUACAGCUUUUAUCUUGUUCAACCCCUCAAUUUGAAAGCAUUAUGAUUAAAGAUUAUUUCCAUCUUUUUAAUCUACAAAUUAACUUGUUUAUGUGAUGCACACAAUCUGUGAAUAUCAUUGACCAUAACUGGAAAAUUUCCACAGUAUCCGUGGUUUAUUUCACACAUGGAAAGAUUCUUGCUCUAACCUAAAAAUGACAUUCACAGCUAAACUUUUCGUUUUCAUCAUUUUGUCAGCCAAUCCUUGAGAAGCAUUGGUCUUAACUGAUUAACCAGUCUAAACUUUUUUUACAUAUUUUGUAAUCGUGCUUGGUUUGCUUGCUACCAGUGAACAGUUCUAAAACUGAAAUAUUAACAAGUUCUUCCAAAUAUCUAUAACCGCCCAUAUUUGGUAUUACUUGUCAUCUAUCUGUUUACUAAAAUACUGUCAAUCAUUACGACAAAGAAUAUUCCUACAUUUCAAUAAAAAUCGUUCAAAUUCA